AUGCGUGUCCUGAAAGCGGCUGCACAACGACUGCGGAGACCAGCACGGUUUCGCAACUGGAGACCCAUCGCCAUUCUGGUGCUCCUCGGUUAUGUGGUGAUGUUGUUCCUCAACUGUCUCUAUGGCUUCUACCCGGCUCGCUUUAGUCUGAAGCACCAACAGUUUCGACUCUCGAAGGCCAUGAUGAUCUAUUGCCUGACGGUGGCUACGAUUUUUUGCCUCUUCUAUGUGAAACACAUUUGGCAGGAAUUUUUCAGUGGUCAAAUCGAUCAACGCGAUGCCAUCAAGAUCUAUUGCUAUAUGAAUGCUUGUGGCAGCUUGCUGCACUAUCUCUAUCAAUGGAGCAUUUGUGUGCGAGUGCGUGAAUUGUUAAACCAGACGUCAAUCUUUGCAGUCAUCAACUACUUUGAUGUCACUGUGUUGUCCAUGGCUCGCCACAUGGCGCCGGUCUUCGUAAAGAUCUUUAUUUUUCCACUGGCGAUGCAUGUCACUUUAUUACUUUACCAUCAGCAUCUGCAACAGCAACAGCAACAUUCCCAACUCAGUUGGCUAACCACGAGCACCACAAUGUUGCCCAUCAUUGCGGGGAGUCAGUUGAACAAUUGUUACUUUUGCAGCAUUGUCAUAAGCAAGGCAAUCUUCAAGCAGAUAAAUGUGUUGCUUGCCGAGAUGCUAACCGAAGUCAACAGAUUGCAAACUCCGGCAGAGAUGUCACUUCAUAAGCCCUUCUAUCGCAUGCAACGCUUCUGUGAUUUAGCGGAUCGUUUGGAUGAGUUGGCUGGCAAAUAUGCUCUAGUUAACGAUUAUUGUCAAGGACUCUUGGACUUUGGCUGCUUCUCGAUGGUCACCACCAUGUCCAUCAAUUUGUGCAACACAACUCUGGGCUGUUAUGUGCAGUAUCAGGCUUUUGUGGACACCAUAAUGUUGGAGAAACCUUAUGACAUCGACCAGGCGGUGGCUCAUUUUGUGUUUCUGGUUCUGCCCUUUUUGGAAAUCCUUCUCCUAGCCAACGAAACGCAGCUGCUAAUCGAUGAAGCUAGGAAAGCGGGCUAUUUGUUGCAGCGCAUGAAUUUGGAGCACGCGGAUGUGCGAUUCAAGCAAGAAGUGGAUUUGUUUUGGCUUGAAGUGCGCACAGUUGAGUUUAAGCUGAUGCCCAUGGGUUUCCUGGAGCUGGAUGGAUCGAUUGUCAAUAAGAUGUACUCGACAGUUGCCGGAUUCUUAUUGUUUCUUAUACAAAAUGACCUCACAUUGCUCUAUCUACAGACGGACAUUGCUAUACCGUCUCGUAUCGGACAGAAAUAUAUAACAUAUAUUGAACUUCUGAUGGAUAGUUUCUCCAGUCAAGUUCCUGAUACUCACAAGUAA